ACGGAUUUCAUCAUGACGAGAGUGGGAGCUGCGAAGAACGGGAAGAAACUUUUGCUUAGCAGAGGAAAUCAUUCCAAGGGCAAGUCAUUGCUGCAGUUCUCCAGCAAAGCUCAAGACAAGCCGCGGGAUGGAAUGCAGUCGAGGCGACGGGGGCCUUCUUGUAAUUUUCGGUCCGAUGAUGUGAAUGUGCAGAUGCUUUUGGAUAAAUUUGACACAUUUCGAGAGAAGUACAGAAAGAAGAAGAAAAAUGAAUCAGCUGCAUUGAAGGAUUUUUGUUUACAGUUUCAACCAUUAUUGUGCAAUGGGAUGAAGAGUAUCGAUGGAGAUAUUCCCGGAGUAAACGUUGGUCAAUGCUUCAACUCGCGAGUGGAGUUAUAUUUGGUUGCAGCUCACCAUCGUCUUCAAUCAGGAAUCGAUUAUUUGCCCGCUAUUCGAAGCCCAGCAAUGAUUGAUGGGGAAUCUGUUUCGAUAGCGGUUAGUGUCGUGCUUUCGGGAGAGAAGAACGAUAUCGACGAGGGAGACACCAUCCAUUACUGCGGGGAGGGAGGGAUCGGUAGACGCGGUGAUGGUAUCCGCAUCACAGAAGAUCAAAAGCUAGUGGCAGGAAAUCUUGCCCUGAAGAAUUCUGCUGAGCUCGGACGAUCAGUCCGAGUCAUUCGGAAGCACAUGGAUUGCUUCCAUCGAUCCAAAGUUUUUUACAGCUAUGACGACAUACACAACUUGCAUACGUUGAUACUACACACUUCCGCAGUGCACGCAGUCUGGAGGAAAGAACUUACUAAGAUUUGCUCAACUUAGUGGAGGGAAAUCGAGUUAUGGAGCAAAGAUGGCAGAUGGAAGUAGCAACUCUAACUCCGAGACUUCGCUUCAGCCUAGAGAACUCGUUCCUGGUCCGUCUUUUAUAGAUGCAUUACGAAUUUGAAGAUGUUGACUCCAACUUUCUCACACACUGUAUUUGUAUUAGCUUGUUGGUGCUUGCAGAAAGCAGUGGACAGAAGCUUCGUGUAAGGUUGAUUCCACAUCUAGUGAUCGGAAUGGUCACCAUAUGAACAUCAAAAACUGCAAGCCCAAUGGGCAAUGGGGCGAGCAUCGUCACAUGCGAGUUCCUGGCCUUACGCUUAGCAUCAGUAGCAAAGUAGAUCACGGAUGAUUUCUGCUGCAAGACCUAGGCCGCUGUCAAAAUCUGCACUAACGGUAUUCGUCACGCCAUCCAACACCUGGAAUGGAGUUCUCUGCAAUCCCUUCACGAGUCCUACUCUACAAAUAUUCUCCGCCAUCUAGGAAAUCAUGUAGAUGAAAGCCCAACGAAUGGGACACUUGCUAACCAGAAGUAGUCCCAAAGUAACUGCAGGAUUAAUGUGUGUCCUCUUGAAACACAUUAGAAGUAGACAAGCACAAAUAUGAUAGGCUCCGGAAAGACCAUGCAACACCGUAUAGAGUCUCUACGCCAUGCCAGGGGCUUGUCCAAGAGUUUCUACGAUUCUUCUUGCCCUCAAGCAGUUUCUAUUGUAGAUCCCUUCAUGACCAAAUACCUCCAGAAAGAUAGGAAUUUUGCUGCUGAUUUUUACCGAUUGCGGUUAC